AUGAAGGCCUCGGUGGUUGUCGCGUUGGCCAGCCUUGCCUCUGCUCACUAUGUAUUUCCAUCCGUCACUUACAAUGGCAAGACCACACAAGAUUGGGAAGUCGUCCGCAAGACGACGAAUUACCAGUCCAACGGACCGGUCACGGACGUGACCUCCCAGCAGAUGACAUGCUACCAGCUAGCCCCAGGUAACGAGGGUGCCACGGUGCUGGAUGUGACUGCAGGAUCCACGAUUGGCUACAACGCCAAGGCGUCCGUCUCCCAUCCCGGACCAGUCAAUUUCUACAUGGCCAAGGCGCCUUCUGGUUCCAUCACAAACUUCGAUGGCUCCGGAAAAGUGUGGUUCAAGGUCUACAACGACGGCCCGACAGUCACCUCUAACGGACUGACCUGGCCCACUUCAGGCAAGCACCUUCAUCUCUUGUUGUGCCUCUCUCGCGCGUGCCUCGCAGAUGGCGAGUACUUCCUCCGCGUCGAACACAUUGCUCUUCACAGCGCUGGUAGCGUCGGCGGCGCUCAAUUGUACAUCUCGUGCGCCCAGCUCCGUGUCAGCGGCGGCACAGGCACGUACAAGCCUAACUUGAUGUCGUUCCCUGGCGCAUAUAGCCCCAACGACCCGGGUCUCGUCGUGAACAUCUAUUACCCCGUUCCCCAAAACUACAAAACCCCGGGAGGCGAUCCACUGGUGUGUUAG